ACGGGUCGAGAGAAGGGUCAUAGGAAGUUUUGCCCACGUGUUUGCCUGGUGGUAGGUCUUCAGCAUUUGAGGCUGACUCUUCUGCCAAGAUGGGGAAGAAAGGCAAAGUAGGAAAGAGCCGAAGGGACAAGUUCUAUCACUUGGCCAAAGAAACAGGUUUCCGUUCCCGUUCAUCUUUCAAGCUCAUCCAGUUGAACCGAAAAUUCCAGUUCCUUCCCAAAUCCAGGGCACUUCUGGAUCUGUGUGCUGCUCCUGGAGGAUGGUUGCAAGUGGCCUCAAAAUUUAUGCCCGUGUCCAGUCUUAUUGUUGGAGUUGACCUGGUUCCCAUAAAGCCCAUUCCUAAUGUAGUAACUAUGCAGGAAGACAUCACUACAGAGAAGUGUCGCCAGGCCCUACGCAAGGAACUGAAGACAUGGAAAGUGGAUGUUGUGCUGAAUGACGGUGCUCCUAAUGUUGGAGCCAGCUGGGUUCAUGAUGCUUUUUCACAAGCCAACCUUACACUGUCUGCACUCAAGUUAGCCUGUGACUUUUUGUCCAAGGGAGGCUGGUUCAUCACCAAAGUCUUCCGUUCCCGAGACUACCAGCCCCUCCUCUGGAUCUUCCAGCAGCUCUUUCGCAAAGUGCAAGCAACCAAGCCUCAAGCCUCCCGUAAUGAGUCAGCAGAGAUUUUUGUGGUCUGUCAGGGCUACUUGGCUCCAGAUAAAAUUGACAGCAAGUUCUUUGACCCAAAGUUUGCCUUCAAGGAAGUGGAAGUGCAAGCCAAAUCUGUAACUGAACUGGUUUCCCAGAAGAAACCAAAGGCAGAAGGAUAUGAAGAUGGUGCCACGGUCCUUUAUAAGCGCUGCACACUGACAGAUUUCUUGAAAGCUGCCAACCCUGUGGACUUCUUGGCUAAAGCCAGUGAGAUUGUCUUGGACAGUGAAGAGCUGGAGCAUCAUAGUGCUACCACUGAGGAAGUUCGCCAUUGUUGUAAAGACAUCCGUGUUCUGGGUCGCAAAGAACUCAGGGCCCUGCUGAACUGGAGAACAAAGCUGAGGCGAUUCCUGGUGAAGAAACUGAAAGAUCAAGCGAAGGAAAUUGACAUCAAUUUGAGUUCUGGAGAGGAAGGCGAAGGAGAUGAAGAACCAAAGCCCAAGAAGAAAGAAUCAAAAUCUCUGGAAGAAGAUGAGGAUGAAGCAAAAGAGGAGGAAGAGCUGGAGUUAAAAAUUGCUGAGCUCAAAGCAGAAGAGAUGGCAGAACUUAAGAGGAAGAAACGCAAAAUUCUGCGUGAGCGACGCCGGCAACGAGAGCGUGUUGAGCUUAAGAUGGAUCUUCCUGGAGUCUCCGUUGCCGAUGACGGAGACACGGGGAUGUUCUCUCUCCGGGCCAUUGGCAAAAGUCAGCUAUUACAUGAUGUGACCAAGGGUGAUAUGGCAGCAGCAGACACCUUUGUGGCCACAGAAGGCAAUGCAGAAAAUGACUUCUCGCUUUCAGAAGGUGAAGACUCCGAUGAUGAUGUGUCUUUGGCCAGUGAGCUGGAUGACGAGGAAAUAGCAGAAGUUGAAGAGCGGUCCAGCCAGAUGCAGCGAGCUAAUGUCCAAGACAAUGUUGCCUCAGAAGAGGAGGAAGAAGAGGAGAACGCAGAGGCAGGGAAUCCUUUGUUGAUCUCACUGGAAGGCAAGGAGGAGCAUGAUAAACAUCAGACAAAUCUGUGGUUUGGAAAAGAGAUUUUUGCUGGAAUUGAUGAUGAUGCUGACGAGGCCCUGGAGAUUGGGCAGGCACAGGUCCUGUCCCAGAAUCAAGCAGACAAUUCACCAGUCUCCAAAACAAUGAAAAGGAAGAAGAAGCUGCCCCAGAAUGAAGUUGCACCAGAGGUAGUAGCAGCAGAAAACCCAGACACCGAAACAACCAAAGUCCCAUCUGCAGGGAAGGCCUCAGACACAGAAGAAAGCGAGAGCAGUGACAGCAGCGACACCGAGGAAGAAAGGGAGGAGCCACGCUCACGUGCAGGAAAGAAGCGGCUCCGGGCACAAGGAAAAGAUAUCGAGGUGAUACCCAUUGAAAACCGAAUGAAGCGAGCUCGGGUUCUGGACCCUGAGGGAUUGGCGCUGGGAGAAGUCAUUGCCACCUCUCGCAAGGCCAAGAGAGACUUGAUUGACGACUCUUUCAACAGAUAUACCUUUAAUGAGGACGAAGGGGAAUUACCGGACUGGUUUGCGCAAGAGGAGCAGCAGCAUCGCCGCAAGCCAUUGCCUCUGGAUCGGCAGACAGUAGAGGAAUACCGCCAGCGCUGGAAGGAAAUUAAUGCUCGGCCCAUCAAGAAAGUGGCAGAAGCCAAGGCGCGCAAGAAGCGCCGGAUGCUGAAGAAAGCAGAACAGAUGAGAAAGAAAGCCGAGUCUGUGGUGAAUACAGUGGACAUCUCAGAGCGCGAAAAGGCUGCUCAGCUACGCAGCAUCUACAAGAAGGCAGGGUUAGGAAAAGAGAAACGGAAAGUGACUUACGUUGUGUCCAAGAAAGGUGCUGGCCGGAAGGUAAGGCGCCCUGCGGGAGUCAAAGGUCAUUUCAAAGUAGUGGACAGCCGUCUCAAGAAAGACAUGAGAGCCCAGAAACGCAAGGAACAGAAGACAAAACAUCGGAGGAAGAAAUAAACUGUUGUCAUAGGAGAGUAGACUUCUCCUGACUGCCAUGAUCACAUGAUAUUCUGAAAUAUAUAAUCAUACUGGACUCAGCAAACAAUUGAUGGACCAGAUGUGAAAGUACAAGGAUUUUUCUAAAACUCAUAUAGUCUUUGGUGGCUUUGGUGUGAGCUGUACAGAUACUGGCAAUUUUUUUGCCUUUCACGUCCACUUCUAUCCUCAGGUAUCCUUCACCAAUGGCUUCCCUUCAGGGUUUCUGCCUUUCUCAUUUGUGUUUAAUAAACAUUUUUUUCCUCAAAA